CGGACAUAUUAGUUGGUGUAAAAAUAUCUUUCAUAAAGACACUGUUUUGAAGGAAAAACAUUAUUUUAGUCACAACUUUGGUUGUAACGAUAAAAUCGCCGUAAUAAUAUAUCUGUUGAUGGCUAAAAUUGGUAAAGGUGUACAAAUCCCACUUUCGUGGAUUCCACAAAGUCAUGGAAAAUAUCCAGAAAAUGCCAUUUCUGUUGGUGAUGGUGUUUUUGUUGUUCGGUCUAGGUUUUUGAAUGAAAUGCUUCCUGGAAAACUUGUACCUAAAGAAGGAAAAUGUUACUGUUCUCAUGGAGGUGAAGAAAUAGAGUUAACAGAAUAUGAAGUUCUAUGUGAUACUUCAUUGCAUGAACUUGGAAAAGGAUAUGAAUGGGUAAAGUCUUCUGGUGGAGAAUAUCCAAAACGUGCAAUUAUUGCUGGGAUCGGUUCUGAUGGAAAACCACUCUAUAUUGCAAAAGGAUACGUUGAAAAUAAUGUAUGCGUUGGGAAGUUGCAUGAAGGUCAUGUAUGUGCCUAUAUGCCAUGGGGUCGACGGGAGAAUCCGAUUCCAGACUAUGAAGUACUUGUAUGGAAAAAGAUAAAAAAUUAA